UACAAGUUAGAAUAGUUGAAAGAGAAAAUAAUAAUGAUGAAGAAGUCAACGAUGAACAUCAAAGGGCGCAUGGAAAGGGAAGGUGGAGAAGAGGAUCUCAGCCUUUUCAGGGAGUUAAGGAAGAGACAGAGUGAACGUGUCUCAAGUCUCCUACAAUUUGCUUCUGAAGACUAUGAUUUUGAUUCAAAUAAUGCAAAGUUUUCACUCUAUAGAGUGCCUUCUGGAAAGAAAGAAUAUGAGUAUCUAGCGGAAACAAACAAAAACGAAUAUGAUUGGUUAAAAACACCUCCUGCAACUCCUUUGUUUCCAUCCCUUGAAAUGGAACCCAAGGCUCAUCUUGUCCUUCAGAAGGAGAUACCAAUAUCUCAGCCUAUCUCGAGGUUUGCGGGGAAUGAUGAGAAGCAACUGAAAUCCAAAGCAAUUAUUGAUGCAAAACCAAAGCCAAAUCAUAGCAACUCAUCAAAAGCAAAAGUUCCAAUGAGAUCAAUAACCCCAAGUCACAAUAGGCAGAGACCAACAACAAGCAUCAUUAAGAAUAAUAAUAAUAAUACUAACACAAAUAAUGAACACAAGCAAUUACCCAACAUUCUCCAUCAUAUCACCAAAAAGAGCAUUAUUGAUACCAAUUCUAUUGCUCCUCAAAAGCAACCAAAGAAGAGCAUGGAAGCAAAUGAGUCUUUAGGGAUGAAGCCUAAAACUAGGGGCGUUUCGCCAUCCGUGAGAUCAACAAGGAUUGCAAGUAAUUUUGCACUUGAUCUUGAUCUUCCGAAUGAGGCGCCGCCAAAUCUUAGGACGGAACGAAGAGCGAGCUCAACCACAAGAGGAAGAAGCACUACUAGAGGUUCUAAACUUGUAGGGACUCAGAAUCAAGAUCCUAUUCCAAGAUCUAUUGUUAGACCAUCAAGGUCACCAUCACCAUGUGUGUCUAAUAAUAAAAAUAAUGGUGGUUGGAACCACUUAGAGAAAGCCCAGAAAAGUUCGAGGGCACAAAAGGAAAAGUUCACUCUUGCGGCAGGUGGAAGCAACGAAAAUGGAGCACAUUUUAUGGGAAGUAAAAUGGUAGAGAAAGUGGUGAAAGCUAGAAAAUCAGGGAUCAAUAAUCAAGCUGAGAAAGAAACAAAGCCAAAACCUUUGAAAUAUAAGGUGACAGUAUCUUGAGUGAUACCAAGUUCAUCCAGAUAUAGUCAUGUAAAUAGCAGAGGU